AGCUUCCAGUUGCAACUGCUAACCCCCACCUUUGAAGGGAUCAGCAGGUUGUUGGUGAAACAGCAUCUCAUCCAGAAUCCAGUCAGACUCUGGAGACUUUUAGGAGGCACAUUCUACUUUGAUGUCUCGAGGAGGAGGCGGAAGAUGAAGAACGAUGAGAAACCCAAGGGGAGGAGCCCUGAAGACGAGGAAGAGGAGCGGCGGCGCCGGGAGCGCGAGGACCAGAUGUACCGCGAGCGGCUGCGCACCCUGUUCGUCAUCGCCGUCGUCAUGAGCCUGCUCAACGCCCUCGGCUCCAGCGGCGGCAGCAUCUCCUGGAACGACUUUGUGCACGAGAUGCUGGCCAAGGGCGAGGUGCAGCGGGUGCAGGUGGUGCCCGAGAGCGACGUGGUGGAGGUGUACCUGCACCCCGGGGCCGUGGUGUUCGGGCGGCCUCGGCUGGCCUUGAUGUACCGCAUGCAGGUGGCGAAUAUCGACAAAUUUGAAGAGAAGCUGCGAGCAGCUGAGGACGAGCUGAACAUUGAAGGCAGGGACAGGAUCCCGGUGUCCUAUAAGCGCACAGGAUUCUUUGGAAACGCCCUCUACGCGCUGGGGAUGACGGCCGUGGGUCUGGCCAUCCUGUGGUACAUUUUCCGUCUGGCUGGGAUGACUGGAAGGGAAGGCGGCUUCAGUGCUUUCAAUCAGCUGAAAAUGGCUCGCUUCACAAUUGUGGACGGCAAGAUGGGGAAAGGGGUCAGCUUCAAAGAUGUGGCGGGUAUGCACGAAGCCAAGCUGGAGGUGAAGGAGUUUGUGGAUUACCUGAAGAGCCCAGAGCGCUUCCUUCAGCUUGGCGCCAAGGUCCCGAAGGGCGCACUGCUGCUCGGCCCCCCCGGCUGCGGGAAGACGCUGCUGGCCAAGGCGGUGGCCACUGAGGCCCAGGUGCCUUUCCUGGCGAUGGCCGGCCCAGAGUUCGUGGAGGUCAUCGGAGGCCUGGGCGCAGCCCGCGUGCGGAGCCUCUUCAAGGAAGCCCGCGCCCGCGCCCCCUGCAUCGUGUACAUCGAUGAGAUCGACGCGGUGGGCAAGAAGCGCGCCAGCACCAUGUCUGGCUUCUCCAACACGGAGGAGGAGCAGACGCUCAACCAGCUGCUGGUGGAGAUGGACGGAAUGGGUACCACUGACCAUGUCAUUGUCCUGGCGUCCACCAACCGCGCUGACAUCUUGGACAACGCGCUGCUGCGGCCUGGCCGACUGGACCGACACGUCUUCAUCGACCUCCCCACUCUGCAGGAAAGGCGGGAGAUCUUUGAGCAGCACUUGAAGGGCCUGAAGCUGAUGCGGGCCAGCAGCUUCUACUCUCAGCGUCUGGCGGAGCUGACACCUGGCUUCAGUGACCCCCCUGUGCCGGCAGGCGCUGACAUCGCCAACAUCUGUAAUGAGGCUGCGCUGCAUGCGGCGCGCGAGGGGCACCAGUCCGUGCACACGUCCAACCUGGACUAUGCCGUGGAGCGCGUGGUGGCCGGGUCAGCCAAGAAGAGCAAGGUCCUCUCCAAGGAGGAGCAGAAGGUGGUCGCGUUCCACGAGUCGGGCCACGCUCUGGUCGGCUGGCUGCUGGAGCACACCGAGGCUGUGAUGAAGGUGUCCAUCGCGCCGAGGACGAACGCAGCCCUGGGCUUCGCUCAGAUUCUCCCGAGAGACCAGCACCUCUUCACCAAGGAGCAGCUGUUUGAGCGGAUGUGCAUGGCCCUGGGUGGCCGCGCCUCCGAGUCCAUCUCCUUCAACAGAGUCACUUCUGGGGCGCAGGACGACCUGAGGAAGGUCACCCGCAUUGCCUAUUCCAUGGUGAAGCAGUUUGGGAUGGCACCCCGCAUUGGGCCUGUUUCCUUCCCUGACGCCCAGGAGGGCCUCACAGGUGUUGGACGGCGCCCCUUCAGCCAGGGCCUCCAGCAGAUGAUGGACCAUGAGGCAAGACUGCUGGUGGCCGAGGCCUACAGGCACACUGAGAAGGUGCUGCUGGACAACCUGGACAAGCUGCAGGCGCUGGCGAGCGCCCUGCUGGAGAAGGAGGUGAUCAGCUACGAGGACAUCGAGGCCCUCAUCGGCCCGCCGCCCCACGGGCCCAAGAAGAUGAUCGCACCUCUGAGGUGGAGCGACUCUGAGAGGGAGCGGCGGGACGCGGGCGAGGAGGUGCCCCAGCAGUAGCCCCCUUGCGGGGAGGAGCCGUCCUGGCCCGGAUAGCAGGCCUGCUUGCCUGUGGCCUGGGGACCUGGGAGGGGCGGUGGACGGGCCUGAGAUCUAUUUACUGACUUCCCUGCCUGUGAGGAGUAAACAGACCGUAGUGCAGAGAUGGUUUCAUCUGUGUGUGUGGGUGGUCCUCGCCCGUGGGAGGGUCUUCUGGGCUUGGUAUGGGUGUGCAUGGAGUGGUCCCCUAGCUCCCAGGCUUGUGACACUGGUCUCGUGGGUGCCGGGCACCUCCCAGCCCGUGACUCAGUCAGAAUGCUAGCAGGGCAUGCCUGAAAGGACCCUCUGAACUGAUGGUUGCCCGUCCUCUGCUGGGCCCUGUCCUGGGCUCAUGUGUCAGAAGGGUCACAGUCGGACCGACAUUGGAUCUGGAGGACUAAAGCACCGCCACCUGCUUCCGUGAGGAUGGGCGCACCUGAGGAUUGUGACUGCGUUGGAAACUCUGUGAGCAGAGGGCCUGUAUGUCCUGCGUGGUCAGCUCUGCUCCAGAGGCUGUUGGGUUUGUCCUGUGUUUGCAGUGCGUAAUGUCAGCUCUCUGGUGACCAGUCAGGAGGGGAGGAACAGACAGAUGCAGUCCGCUGCUUCACGCUGGGCUCCUUGCCUGGCAGAGUGGAUAUAGCGUGGCCUGACCGUAGCUUCUGGAACUCUGCAUCUGAGGUGUGAGGGCUCCUCCUUCAGACAGACAUGAGUUCUUUAAGUAAAUGUAUAUUUAACAUAAUCAGAGCCUCAGGGGAAUAUUAGAGAAUACUGAAAGCGUAAUUUACAGUUCUUGGGUUUUGGGGGAGGGGAGGCAGGUGACUUGGUUUUUAGAGGCAGUGCUGAGGAUUGAGCCCAGGACCUUGUGCAUGUGUAGCUAUACCCUCCCCGACUUACAGUUCUUAAAUCAUAAUACAGAUUGUUCUCCACUCUGAUCUAUGCUCAAAUAAACGUGAUUUCUUUGUUAUGCUUUU